AUGCAGGUCGACUCCACCCGUCUGAAACUGGCUACCUACCGCGGCGGGAUCGCUCUCGUCGGUCCCGCUCUGCUCGAUGCCGCCCAUCACUUUGGCAUCGUCGACUUGCCUGACCACCCAUUGCAUAUCACGCUUCUGGUUGCAUCAGAGUACAAGUCGAGCCGAGACACAGGAAAGAACAGAUUGAAGUUCGACAUCCAUCUGCAGGACGUACUUUUACAUCGGAUCUACAUUCUAGGCGUAAUAAGACGCAAGAACGUCACUCUCUUGGUAGUCCUCUGGAACCAUGCCGACGUCUGGAGAAAGUCGCUCGGGCUGCAGAAGAAAGAGUAUCAUUUGACGCUCAGUAACGAGGACGAUCACGAUCAUGAAAACGGCAAGGGGGUCGGUGCCUUGUUGGCUACCUCGGAUGAUCGAGAUGGAAUCAUUGAGAAGGUUAUUGGUUUAGGCGAAGAUGCUAUGGACAAUAUGGUUGUUGGUUGUUGGGGCGACCUUUCUCUGCAACGAGACUUAUCUCAUCGCUUCGUCCUCUGCUUUCCCAAAUCCUACAAAGCCUACUUGCGACUCGCCGAAGUCUCCCUCGAUCCCAAAGUCCAGAUGUUAGCGUUGGCCCGUGCGGCCGCGCUCAAUCCGGGGCUGACCUCGAACAUCAGCACCGAAAUCCGUAAAUCGAAAUUGAACGGACAGAUCUCCUGGGGCCCAGUGAUCACUGCGGCGGAACUCGAGAACAUCCCCCACGACCUUCAGCCGCUGUUGCUGCAUCAUUUCCCGGCAGGUCUCGCACCUCUAGACUUGUGGCUGACCCCCACGGCUUCACGGGACCGGGCUUUCUUCCUCGGUUCAACUUCACUUGGGCUCCCACGGUUCUUCUCUUGGAUCUACCCUGAUCGCAUAGCGGGCAUGUCCACGCCCCGUUCCAAGGCGGAUGUCGAAAUACUCGGUGACAUGGGUUUUACCCACGUCUUGAGCUUGACCGAAGAAAGUCCACUGGACGAGUCCUGGUUCAUCUUGGGCCCUGAGCACAUUUUCAUCCCGAUACCCAAUUACGACGCCCCAACGUUACAGGAGAUGGAUCAUAUCUACGAAAAGAUUCUGGAAGGUGGCGUCUGGCUCAUCCACUGCGGCGGAGGCGUGGGGAGAGCCGGGACGGUCCUCGCUUGUCUAAUGACGAUGUUCGGGAAGGAUGGAACCGAAUACGAAGGGCCCAAUCGUACGCCCAAAGUCGAUGCGAACACGGCGAUCGGGUUGAUCCGACAGAUCCGACCGCGAUCGCUCGAGACUGUGAAGCAAGAGCAGUUCGUGACCAAAUGGGUUUCACAUCGCUGGGCUAUAGCGUAUCAGAGAAACGAGAUUGUGGAACCUUGCACUUCGCUACAACGAGACGGCGAUCUCCCUCUUCGGAUGGACGACGUUCUGUUGUUCCUGAUCGGAAAGCCCGGUUCAGGUAAAUCAUGGUUCUCGGCAGCCGUAUCGAAGCGACGUCCACCGGAUGCGACCAUCGUCAUAAGCCAAGACGACAACGGUUCUCGAGCAGCUUGCGAAAGGGAGAUGUCGAGGCAGGAUCACUGCAAUGCCCUGGUCAUAUUCGAUCGAUGUAAUCCUUUAGCGGCGGAUCGGAAAACCUGGCUCAAGCUCGUCGAUCGACCUUGCAUCGCGAUCUACUUCGAUUACCCGAAAGCCCUAUGUGAACAACGCAUCAAUGCUCGGUUGGGUCACCCUACCAUCCGUGCUGGUAUGGGUGCAAAUGCUCUGGACCAGUUCGCUCGACAGAUGCAGCCUCCCACGCUGGACGAGGGCUUCGCCGCGAUCCUCACCAUCACUAGUCUCGCUGCUGCACGCGAUACUGUCCGACUGGUCGCCAAGGAUCCGCCACUGCUCAAGUUUCCCCGGACAGCCCACCUUCUCGACCUUGGGUCAACGUCCAGCGAUGACAUCGUCUUCGAAGAAUUCCUGACCAUGUCCGGUAAUUUAACGAUAGAAGAAAAGAUCGACGGUUCCAACAUGGGGUUCUCGCUAGACUGGGACAAGGUGAUCCGCUGUCAAAACCGUUCCCACUGGAUCUCGUCGAACGAUCAUGCACAAUUCAAAUCCCUGGAUCGAUGGAUCGAUGCUCAUUCCGAAGGCCUCCGCAGACUGCUGGAUCGGGACAAGCACUUUCCCGAACGAUACAUUCUAUACGGCGAAUGGAUGGUUGCCAAACAUUUCAUACACUAUACGCAGGUCCCGGACACGUUCAUCGCGUAUGACAUGUUCGACCGCCUCACCUGGACGUUCCUCUCCAGGUCGAGCUUGACAUAUGCCUUGAAAGGGACCGGUAUUCAUCAAGUUCCGCUCAUUGCGCGGGCUGAGUCGUUGUCAAAGGAGCAGGUGAUGGAGAUGCUAGAACGAAAGAGCGAGUAUGCGCCGGACAGCAAGAUCGAAGGGGUCUACGUCAAGACAGAAGACGCGACGAGGACGAUGAUUGUAGGCAGGGGCAAGGUCGUGAGAGGGGACUUUAUAGCCGGGAACGAGCACUGGACUAGAGCACCCAUGAUACAUAACGGUAUUAAAUCGGAGAUGACGUAG